AUGGCUGAAGAAUACGGACGCUACGAGCAUGCCGAUCCCACUGAAUCCUCCCGUGGCGCAGUAGGCGGAGGUUCCUCAACGGGCGCCCCGGGCCGUCCAACAGGACUCCAGGAUCCCCGAUCCCAGUAUGACACCUCAAAAGGGUACAAUCCAGCCACAGGGUCCAGCUACUCAAAGUCCUCAGGGGGUGGACCAACCCAAACCCACCAGCGACCGCUGUCGCCGUCGCCGUCCCGAAGUGAUGAUCGGGUUGUCGGGGAUGCGCCACUCCCGCAUACGGCGAGCACGGCACAGCGGGCGGAGAUGGAGGAUCAGUCGGCGACCGGGUCAAAGGCUUCGCGGAUGGGCGAGGGAGCUGGGAAGGGGGUGAGGGGUAUUGCGGCUUCGAUUCAUGGUGCUGGAGAGUCAUUGCGUGGGGCAUUGAAUACCGCGGUUGAUCGGGCGUUUGGAUCUCAUGAGGGAGCUGAAAGAAAUCAGGAGAUUGCGGAGAAAGGAGCAGAGGAGAUUCGGACCGGUCGGUUUGGGAAUCAUUAG